AUGGAUUUAUGCGUAAGAAGAAAAUCUGCAUAUGACAUUGAGAGUUUGAUAGGGAAGAACAAGAAAGAGAAACCAAAAAAUGAAAUUCCUCUCGAAAAUCAGGAACGUAAUUUGGGAGCCAGUAUGACGUCACUCACAUAUGAGAUUGACACGCCACCUGGUGACGAUAAAGGGCUACCACGUGCAGUGAUUUCACCCCUGAAAAUCCCUUGUCCGACCACUGCCAAAUGUUUAGCAGAAUUCACUAAUGAAGAACGGAAUGAUUUUAGUCCUGACAAUAAUGACACGAAAAGCAUCACCUCUGCGUCUGAUGACGUCACCAGCGCGGACGGCGCAGAACCAGACCGAAUAAUUCAGUCUUACAGCAUGUUAGGGGAACUCAGUCGGCGAAACAGCUAUCAUGGCGGCCAUGGAACUUCGGGUAUGGAUGAUCGCGAAAUUGAGGAUUAUGGGAAAAGAAAACAAAGGCGAUAUAGAACCACAUUUACAAGUUUUCAGCUGGAGGAACUCGAAAGAGCAUUCCAGAAAACACAUUACCCGGAUGUGUUUAUGAGAGAGGAGUUGGCAAUGAGGAUAGAUCUCACAGAAGCUAGAGUACAGGUUUGGUUUCAAAAUAGACGCGCAAAAUGGCGAAAGAAGGAGAAAGUUGGUCCACAAGGGCAUCCAUUCAGUCCAUAUGGAGGUUACACGAAUCCUUCAACGUUGUCGCCGCGGACACUGGUUUCACCCCAGCAGAGUUACACCGAAUUGCUCAUGAGGGCGUAUGAAUCACAGCUUUACCAUAGAAACGAUGGUCAUUUCGCUUUUCCUUCCAGCGCACGUAACAUCUGCGCUGCGCCAUCCUUGUCACCACCUGGAUUAUAUAAUGUAGCUUUCCGUGGAGUGAUGUACCCGAACGCAAAAACUACAACAAUUCCUUCACCUACAAUGUCCUUUCAACAGAUGUUUGCUCAAAUGACUUCCCAGAAUUCCAAAGCACGUGACACAAUAACACUUCCUGUUGAACACAGCAUUGUUGAUGGGGAUCAAAGAACAUCGAGUAUCGUGGCUUUACGGAAGAAAGCGCGCGAGCACGAGGUGAGAAUUGGCGUCGAGGGCCAAGGAAGUGCAUCUUAA